AAACAAAACUACACGUGCAAAGGAAUCACGCACGAUAGCAAAAUAAUGUCAAAGGCAACCCAUGGCCAAGCAAGCGAUCGCAAGCUGCACAAUUAAUGCCCCGGAGCUUGGGCCGCGGCGAUGACAGCUUGCAGCUCGAAGACGUUCAGCGCGCUGUACUGUGCAUGCAGGCGCAUGCAGCUGCAGCGCAGGCAUAUAUUGCGCAUGUAUUUUCUCGACAUUACGAGGCACGCAAGGAAGGCAGACCGCAUGGCCUCGUCAUUUCUGCAUUAAUUUUCAUUUAUUUGACAUAUAUUUUCAGGAAUCCAAAGCAGGAUCAAAUUUUGAUUAUUUUGAUUUCUUUAUUCGCAUAAUGCCGAGAUAUAUAAAAACUUUUGAACCCAUUGAUGAUUUUCUUGCUUCGCAAGGACUCGUGAGGAAAAUCACGGCGAAGGAUGGAUCUUGCCUUUUUCGAGCGGUUGCAGAACAGGUGUUCCAUACGCAAGCCCUCCACAACGAUGUCCGCCAAGCCUGUAUCAGGUUUAUGGAGCGCAAUAAGGAGCACUUUGAACCUUUUGUUGAAGGUCCAUUCGAACAGCACCUAGACAAAUUGCAGACUGCAAAGGAAUGGGCUGGUCAAGUGGAAAUCAGUGCUUUGUCAUUAAUGUACAAGAGAGAUUUCAUCAUAUAUCAAGAUCCUGGGAAACCCCCAAGUAAUGUGACUCAGAAUGGAUAUCCUAACAAAGUGCUUCUUUGUUUCUCCAACAAUAAUCAUUAUGACAGUGUAUUCACCAAGCAGUACCAGAAUAGUCUUGGGGUGUGUCAAUCCAUUGUGUAUGAGAUCUUAUACAAGAGAGUGUUCAACAUUGCCAAGGAGGCUGAUGAAGCUGUAGAGGUCUUACGGAACUCGCCAGGCAAGAAGCCCCAUUCAAGACAUUAUGGAUACUCAGAUCAUGGGCCCAAUGCAGGAGGUGAUUCACUCAAUCAACGAUCACCAAGGAGACAUGAGGAUGAGGAACGUGACAGGUUUGGAAGACUGAGGAUAGAAAAAAGACGUCCUCCUCUGCCCUACAAGGUAGCCAAGGCUUUGGAUCCAGAUAUGUACAGGAAUGUGGAAUAUGACUGCUGGAACGCGGGAAACAAAGAGCAAGUACAUCAGGACUAUCUACUGGCCACAGGUCUGCAAUUUUGUCCUGGAGACAAAGUACAGGUGGUCAUUGAUGAUAGUAAGAAAUGGUACAGUGCUCAUAUCCAGGAGGUCAAGCCAGAUAAAGGACCCAUUACAGUCUUUGUGGAAGAUCUAGGAGAAAAGUAUGAGAUUCCAGUGAAGAAUGUGAAACCACACCCCUCCAAUCCACCAAGAUCAUGGACUGUAGUAGGCCCGCGUGGGAGCUUUAAGGGUGCGUCAAACUAUCACCAGAAAUAUAGUAACGGUGUUCAGAAUGGGGAUUUCAGACCAAGAAGCAAACCACCUGUCAAAUGGGGGUCGCGUGGUCAGAGCGUGAUGGUAUUAACCCAGUCUUUCCCCCCUGGAGGAGAGCCCAUGGGUGAAGGUCAGAAUAUACCCUUCCAGAUGAGAGGCCAGCAGAAUGGAAGUCAUAAGGGACCAAAAUCACCCUCCUCAUAUAGGUCUACCACACCACCCCCUCGGUUUAUGAACAGGGGUAUUGAGGGCCACCUGGAGCAGAUAGGGAGAGGGAGAGCUCCGGGGUACCAAGGAGCACACAUGAUGCAAGAUAACAGGGGAAGCAGAGGACGAAUGUGUAACCCCGGUAUGCAGGGUGGUGGGUAUCCUUACGACGGUGAUACAUGUAUAUCCAGUGAAGAGAUGGAGGAUAGGAAGUCUUUCGAAGAGAACCUGGCCAUCUACGAAGCUCAAGAUCCUACCAUGUUUCCACCUCUGCAUUCCAACUGUGGACUUCAAGGUGGUCCAGGCAACAACCCAGCUCAAUUCUGGAGUAAGAUGAGGAAAGACGGUAGGAGAAGCAUAUCACCACAGCAACGGUUGGACUCGCCAUCGCCACAUAUGACAGACAAGAGAGGAUCUGAUCCUAUGGAUGCCAUGUUACCAGGGCAGUUUCAGGAUAUUAUGCUGUCAAGUCAAGAUCAAAGGGGCCUAGAUGCGGGUUGUAUGGAUCAACGUUAUAGUCCAAUUACCACCAUUACUGAUGAUGGCAUGAUACACCCCUCCACCUCACCAUCCAUACCUAAGAGCGCUACACCGUCUAGUCUUAGUGUCAGCCCCUCUCUAGACCCACAAUCAGGGUCUCCUCCUACCAUAGCUCCGGCAGGGUACGUGCCACCUAUGGCAAUGGGACUACCAUUCUACCAUUUCUUCAUUUCAUUGACAGACUGGAAUAUAUCAGGAAAUGUCAACUUCAACACACAAAUUUCACGAGAUCCAAACGGCAGUGAUCUACCACUAUCAGAUAUCAGCACAUCUCGAUUCUUCUUCAAUUUGGGUGUCGAGUACUACCGAAGGGUUUGUAUGAUCCAGCAGCUACAACACCAACAGUGCUACCAAUUCCCUGCAUCAGGUCAUUUCCCCCAACAACAGCAGCCUCCACAACAUGGAACCUCCCCAGCCUACACCCACGUGAUGCCCCAUGCCACUGGUGUCGGCAUGGUUGGCCCACCUAUGGGCGGUGGUGGUGGUAAGGCUGUGUAUGAUGUAGGAGGUGGAGUUGCAGUUCUCACCUCUGGUGGUUGCGGUGCUGGUGGUGCCAGUAGUGGAGGAGCAGGUGGACAAGAAGACGAAGACCAGCAGGAUGGACAGGUUGGAUAUGAGGCUCAUGGUGGUCAAGGAAGAAACUUCAACCAGAGCUACAUGUCUGAGCCGAUACCCAUCAACAGUACAGCUAUAUCUCAACCUAACAGUACUGUUUAUGGUAACAUGUGCAAUGUAGGAGGUGAAACCUAUGUCCCUGUGGCCUACCAGUCGCAAGGAAUGCCGCAGCAAAGCCCAGUUCCAGCCAAUCAGAUGGGAGUGGCAUCUACUACCCAGAACCCUUACAUGUACUCACACCCAGUAACCCCACCCAUGGGGUACACAGGGGGUAAGAUGCUGCCACACCCAAACCCCCAAGCAGCUUAUUCUCCCAACAACCCUGUUACCUAUGUCCAGAUGGCCUCACCUGCAGUGUCUCACCAGCAGCAACAUCAUCCACCACAUCAACAACAAACCUGCUUGGCCAUGCAAAACAACCAAGGCAAUGUUGUAGCAGCAUCAAGCAGUGGCCAGUAUUCAACUCACAGCACCUCGGUGGUAAGCAACAGCAGUUGCAGCAGCCAAGAUAGCGGUAUCCUGAGCUGCAGUCCUCCGCAGGUGCCGUAUGCCGCAAGUGGCCAGUAAUGACUUGACCUUCGGCCUGGGUGGUGAGCAACUUAGUGGUAAGCCACAUAUAAGGAACAAUUACUGAACCUGUUGGAUAGAAUUGUAAAUGUCAGCAAGUCAUCCAUUGUGUUAGAUCUGAAAUAAUGGAAUGCAUAUAAUACAUCUAUGAAAAUGAUGCAAUGGUGCUAUCAGUAACAAAGACUACAGGAGCGUGAUUGUGUUAACUGAGUAGAGUCUGAAGAAAAUGAUUGUGAAUGCCUACAAGUUAUUUUUCUGCAAAUUAUUUGGUUGUUUGCAGUUUAUAAAUGAAGUAUUUUUGAGAUGUGCCUUAUUUAGGAAAAUGUUGUACAAAUUGGUGUUCUUUCGUGACAAGGUGUUCUUGCGUGACUGAUCUGUUGAAAAUGUAGUAGGUCAUGAACUUAAAUUGGUGGUGGAAAAGCCCUUUGAGGCAAAGAGUUUAUGCAAUUACAAUACUAAAAUUGAUGGUGGAUUAGCCCUUUGAGGCAAAGAGUUUAUGCAAUAACAGUUGAGGGGUUUUUUUAUGUUGAAAGUAAAAUGUAAUUUUACUGUUGCUUUAAACAAUUUUACUUUUUUUACUUUGAUCUUUCUCUUCAUUAAAUACUAUUUGAUUAUUUCCUCAUUGAUUACACGCAUUCAUCCUUAUGCAUGUAUGUACAUGGACAAAAUACAGCUCGCAUUAGUUUAAUAUACGUUAACUAGUUUAACAUACUGGAAAUAGUUCAAAAGGAAUUGUGCAGAAAAAGAUGUAUAUAAUAAUGUAUGUAUUUGAGAUCUAUACUAAGCACAUGUAAAAAAGAAAUUUGAAAAGGCAAUUGGAAAUGUUUUCCACAUUUAAGUAAGUAUGAUAUAAAAUUUGGCCACCGCAACUUUCCUAUUGGCAAUGAUGGAAAGAAAGAGAAAGGUGGAUUGAAUAUAUGGUAUCUUCCACAUUGCAAAUAUUCCUUCCUGAGACUGGUUUCUUCUGAAUUCAUUAAUACAGUACAUUUACAUUGUUAUUAUUAUAAUCUGAAAUGAAUGUGCACUGCCUAUUAGAAGUAACACACAACUAAUAACCAUGUUUGGGGUUUUUUUUUACAUAAAAGUACAACAAAUAUAAGUUAAAACAUCUCAACCAUUUCUUGAUCUAUAUUUGUAGAUUUCUUUUCUGCAUAAUUUUUACCUAAACUUGACAAUUGACAAUUAAAAUGAGAAUUUUUAAAGUAAAAUGAAUACUCCUCCCCUCCCCUCCAGCUAUUAAUUUAUGUCUUCCAUGUUGAUUAUCUACAACAUGAUACUUCAAAACAUUCCCAUAGAUAUGUAUAUACCACAAUAUAUGAUAUUUUUUGAUAUAUACUCAAGAAUGCCAUGCAUCUUAAUAUAUAAAACUGAGAAAAAUGUGCCAUCAUAUAUUGUUUGAAAACAGUAUGGGAGAUGUAAAAUUUAUAACUUGUCUUAUAGAUACCUAAGCUAGGCGCUGGAUUGAACUUGAAAUCAAAGAAAAUUUGGAAAAAACUGUUGGUCGAAUGCUUGGGUGCUUCUUUAGAUUCAAAUUAUCUUCAUACAUAACAUGCAUUUCAUCAGAAAUAUAUGCUACAUGUGUCUAUGCUUAAUAUGCAUUUUAUAAUUGUUUACUCCCAUGUUGUUAACGUGAAUUCCUAGUUUAGAUUUUUUUGCGAUGUAUUUAUCUUGUGUUUUGUUAUGUUGAAUAAUGGGUUGUGCUCCAAAACAAAACAGGGUGACCUAGUUUACAAAGCAAUUGUUCCUGUAGUAUUUUGUCACAUCUAAAAAUAUUAGGAGUUUGUUUAUCUGUGUGCAUUUAUAGUCUGAACUUGUUGAUUCAUUUGAACACAAAACUAACUGAUCAACAUACUAGCAAUGAUUGAGUUUGGUUACUGGCUUUCAACCUUGUUUGUGAUUCUAAUGGUUUAGUUAUUUGAUAGUCCCUUUGAAGUAGUGAUGCAAUGACAUUUUUUCUUCAACAUACAGUAACUGUUUACAAAGUUUGUAUUUAACUACGUGAUGUUUGAAAAUAAACUGUCUUGCAAUGCUAUUUAUGUUUUUUUUUUAAACUUAUCACUCAUGUUUUCAAGUAUGUGUAAAUUUAAGAGGCAUUUGCAGUUAUGUUUAUGAUAUAUUUUGUUUGAUAUUCCAUUUGAAUACUUUGCUAAAAGAUUUGUAAAAUAUUUUUUUUCAUAACAUAGUUUGUAAACUAUUGGGGAGUGGUGAGAACCUAAUUUGAGAUGUUCUCUUUAGUAACAGCUGGAAUCAGACCAAAUGUGUGAAUGCCUUAAUUUCUGUAAUGUUUAUAUACAUGUAUUUGCCAAAUUUAAUAUACAUUCCUUCCAAAAUAUUUUAAACUUGUGUUGAAAAUUUUGUUUGUUUUUUAACUUGCCAUUUAAUUUUUCAGAUACAUGUAAAAUUGACACCAAGUUUCAGUCAACUCAUUUAAUUGAAAGUAUAAAAGCAUUUACAGGAAAGUAGAUCUUUUCAAGCAACUGAGAAAUUUUUAGAUCAGUUAUAAUUAUUGAUAAAGUAGUUUCAUGUAAACAGGGUGUUGUAAAGGUAGUUGGUAACAGCAUGUAGUUAUUAAACAUGAAUUUCAACUGUCCAGGAGGAAAAAGAAAAUUACACUCUUAUUAUAAUAACCAACUCAUGCAUCAAAGGGUAAUAUGUACAUAUAUAUGAUGUCAAGAUUUAAUUUAAAUGUGUAGUUUGUAUGUAUUAAAAAUUGGCUGAAAACUAUUGUCAAGAAUUGCUUUACUUCUAGCAUAUAGGAAACAGAUGUGUGCGAUUAUUUUUUAAAAUGACAAAAGAAAAUAUGUACACCACUAUUAUUUUGAUAUAAGUAUUUAAAAUGUCAGCUGAAAAUAAAGAAGCACUUGGUAAAAUUUGUAGAUGAAUCUGUCAUUUUGACAAAAUGAGACUCCUUGUAGAGUUAGAAUAGUAGAAUAUCUGUUUUUGAUGACAUGCUAUUUUUACAAGGAUUGAGUUGAUUCAGUUUUUUUAGUUGAAGAGCGAACAUUUCACCACGUGAAUUUCCUCACAGACAUCCCAUUUAUGUGUAUAGCAAAUGUAAAAAGAUGCUAAUAAUGUCCAGUGCUCAUGUAUGUAAACACUGCAUGUGCAGUUCGCCAGACAAUUUUUUUUCUAAGAAAUUGGAGCAUGGUGUAUUUAUCUGUUAGUAGGAACACAUAUUUCCUGACAUGCAGUUUGAGUUUGAGAAAUUCCUGUGUGCUAAACCAGUAGCCUACCUAUAUGAAUAUUAGAGACCAAAAUUAUAUGUGCAAAGGACUUGUCAUUGAGUGAACAUACAUGUAUAUGAAAAGAAGAAAAUCACUCCUCUUUACAGUUAUUUAAAUGUAUGAUGUCUUUGUUUCCAGCAUCUAAUAAUAUGCAGCUGUUUUUUUUAUUGACUUGUAUUCAAGCUAAGGGAUGUUUUAUUGUUUUAUUUUUAUAUCCAACAGACAAAGAACUGUUUUAAGUUAGUAUGACCAAGCUGUUUUUAUAUUUUUUUUUUCUUGCUUUAUAAUGAAAGUGAUAUGGGAGAGAAAUAUCCCCAUAAAACAGCUAUGUCAAUAAAGUUGUUGAAACUUGUUAAUCUUGUUACCUUGAAAUGUAUAUAUAUAUGAAAUAUAUUAUCUUUAUACCAAAGCUUGUGCCAAAACAUAUAUUCGCAGGAAGCACUGCUUGAAGAGAAAGUCUAAAGAAAGGGUUAUUUUGUAACAUGGAAUUUCAAUUUCAAUGAUACAUUCAUAAUAUUGAUAUUAAUUCCUGAAAGAAAGAACAUAUUUUUAUCUUCUACCAGAUCCAGAGUUGCGUGCCUUAUAUACAUAUAUUUUAAGAGAACAAUUGAAAUUGUGUAACGCUCUGUCCUGUAUGGAGGAAAAGUCGAUAGAAAAGAAAUUAACAAUCGGUUAACUACUACUUUUGUUAGAAUAUUGUAAAGUCGAAGUAAAUUGUUUAUGUUAAGGAUGCAAAAGAAAACAUUUAAAGUAUGAAGCUAGGAUGAAAAAAGUACUUUAUGAUAUUUGCAGUUACGUGUAUAUGUAGGCCCUAUCAUCAAAUAUUAUAUUGAUUUGAUAUGAAUUUGCAACGAUGAUAAAAGAAAUACAAGAUAAAGCAACAUUAACAGGCUUUAUUUUAAGUAUUCUUUUCAAUCUAUUUUCGAAGAUUGGUAAGUACUUAAAAAUUAGAUUUAUGUUGAAAAAACAAUCCAGUGGAUUAUGAAAUAUUGUUUCAAAUUGCAUACUUCAAUGAGUCUAGAGUUCUUUUUUUGGCAGGUCUUAUUUUCGUUGCCUUGAAAAAGAAAUUAAAAAGUAUGAAAAGGUAAAAUAACAAAAGUUUGCUAUUGAAGAUAAUUAGUUACUUUAUUAUUAAUGUAAAUUGUAACAAGUGUUGGUGACAUUCAUUUUUACCACAGACUUUAAUAUCUAGUGACAAGUAUCGCUGUAGUUUAAAAUACCCAAACUAUGCUAAAUAAGUUCGGGUAACAUUAUCAAGUAGUUUAUUGAUAAUUUAUUUUAUGAAAAAAGGAAUGGAAAUUAUCUCUGUCAGACCAGUAGGAAGCAGGUGGAACAUUAUCACAUUACUUAAGUCCUUACAGUCAGAUGCUAAUCAUUUUCAUUGAUUUAAUAUUAGUCAUUUUCUGUAAAGUAGCAUAAAGUUAUGCAAUUUAGAGACUCAAAUAUCUUGCAUUUAAAUUCUUGUAAAUGUCUUCAUGAUUUUUAUAAAAGUGAAUGAGAAAUUGUUCCUCAUUAUGUCAGUAUGAUUUAGAUUAAACAAGUUAGAUGUACAAAGGAAAACAGAAAAAAAAGUGCCAAAAAGAUAAGGCAUGCCAUUCUGAAACAAAAACAUUCUUUUGAUCUCUUUUUAUUAAAAAAAGCUUUGAGCUCGUUGAAAAGUCGAAAAGGAGACUUUGGUACUAUUAAAGAAACUUUCUUUUCAGCUAAAAGAAGGUAGUUGUGACUACACAACAAAAGUGUACCAUAUUGUAUAAAAAAUAUUUUGGGAUGAAUAUAGACUGAAGAAACUUUCAGGAUACAAUGAAGUAGAAAUAAAAGUCCAAUAUAAUUCACAGUAAUUUGAUCUUUACAAAACUAUACACAACCUUUAUGUGAGGAGCAGAUCAUGUGUACUAGUCAUACAUUUAUAUCAGUCCUAACUUAGGUUGAUAUGACUAAUUCUUUUUAAACACAUCUAAAAUAUUCAAAAAUAUAUCACAAAAAUAUGAUAAGCACAUGCAUUUUGUAUUCUAACCUCCCCAAUGAAAAACCCAAGAAGUAUUCUGCUUGUUAAUUUCACCUCACACUUUGACAUAAAAUUGAAUGAUCAGAAAUUGCAGGAUUCUUCAAAAGUUUAGUUAAUGAAACAAAUGGUUUGGAUAGAUUGAUUUAGAUAAUUAUAAAAAAAAGUUCUCUUCAUAGUUCACAGCAAAAAUAUGAGUCCAGUACAAGAUGUGGUUUUCUCUCUGAAACUGAUCUACUUUUUACUUGGCGAUUGUUUUUAAAAAUGGAUAAUCAUCAGUUACAGUGAUUUUUUGUUUCCACUUUGAAAGAUAUUUUACCUUAGGGUAUUAGUGUGUCAAGUUAGCUUGCAUGUCUGAGUCAAUUCUUCUUUGUGGGUGGAACAAAAACAAACUAUAAGCCACUUGUGACUAUGAAUCCUUUUAAUUCAUUUUACCAUCUUAUGGGCUGAUAAGUUUUACUUGCCUUUUUCUUAAGUAACUCUUGUGCAAAUUAUAGCUCACCACAACAGAUGGUGGAGUUUUGUGUAACUUAUUCAAAGAAAUUUAUAUUUUAUUUCUUACAUACAUUUCAAAGGAUUUAUCUUUUAACAAAAUCUUUACAACUUUUUAUAUUUAUGUUUUGAUCUUAUUUAAUAAGGCACUUUUCAUUCUCAUUAGAUAAAUUUCUGAAUAUGUCACUGCAUAUAGUAUAUUUUUGUUGUAUAGCUGGAACUAUUUUCCCAUAAAUUUUUGAACUUUUGAGCUUAACUUAAUGGUGAAAAAUAACUCGCCAUUUUAAAUCUUGCAAGUGUACAUAUAUUUGCAUCUUAACUACUAACUUGAAAAUUAUAUUUUCAGAGAAAGAAAAA